CGCACCAUGUCCCUAGCCCACUGCACCCUAGCCAAGGAGUGCGCCUUUUGUGUGGUGGCCCACGCCCUCUCGACGGAGAAGCAGGAGGUCAUGGGCCUGCUGUUUGGGCGGUGGGACGGCCCGCAGGCGUUCAUCGAGGAGGCGCAUCCUCUCGCCAGGACGGACAGGCGUGCUGACCGCGUCGAGGUGAAGCCCGAACAGCUCGCGAAGGCGGCCUCGAUCGCGGAGAGCCGAGGGUUGAGGAUUGUGGGCUGGUAUCACUCUCACCCGCACAUCACGGCGGCGCCGUCGCACGUCGACGUGAGGACGCAGCGCGCGUAUCAAGUUCUCGAUGAUCGAUUCGUGGGCAUCAUCGCGGCCUGCUUCCCGGGCGUCGACGGCGCGGCGGCCGCGCGCGGCGCGCCGGCCGUGACGCUUGCUGCCUUCCAGGCGCGCUCGACCUCGGAACCGGGCGCCUUCGCCGCGCCGCUGGCGCUGCCAGCCAGUCCGCCGCCGGCGUACGCGACCGUGGAAGCAACUUCGGUACCGGUGACCACGGAAGCGCACGCGGGCCGCGACGUGCCGCUGUCCAUCGCGUCGGCGGAGACUCCAGGCGCGCUCGCGGCAGCGCUCCGGGGCCUCGCGGCCUUGCAGGACGCUUUACUGGCCGAGGAGGUCGCGGCGCGGCGCGCGGCGGCGCCGGGCGACGAGGACGCGGGCGCCUUUUGCGACGCGGUCUUCCGCAAGGCCGCUACGUUACUACGCGCCGACGCGCUCCAUCCUCUUAUUCACGUCGCCGGCGCGUGGCGCGGUCACGAGCAGCGGCGCCGCGACGCGGCGCUCGCGGAGCGGGACCGGCUGCUCGCGGAGACGUCGGCGUCGGCGUAA